CACCACGAGAAGAUGGGCAUCUCGACGCGAGAAGUCGGCGCACCAAAGUUUCCAGCUCGUGGCGGCUACGAUGGCAGCUACUCUGGAAGCGGAGGUGGCCGAGGACGUUCAAGGACGGGGAAACACUUUCAUCGAACAUCACUUUUGAUAAAAGCUUUUAAUCAUAAAUUUCGGUUAGACUUGGAAUUAAAUACACAAUUACUAGCUCCUAAUAUUGUACAGAAACACUAUCUCCCCAGUGGGUUCGCGCAGGAUUCACAUCGAGAAAUCGAACACUGCUACUACCAUGGUACGGUCAAGGACUACCCGGGAGCUAGUGCCGCCUUCCACACCUGCAACGGCGUCAGCGGGGUGAUACACGUCGGGAACGAAACCUUUGUUAUACAUCCAUUUUAUGGGGGCGAUCUGUCGCAGAAACAUCCACAUGUUAUCUUCGAGGCACGUACAAAAUCAAACAAGGGCUGUGCUAAUUCCGGCAAUCUGGAGUGGCGGACGCGGUCGAUCCGCCGGCAGGGUGGCCACCACUCGGGCCUGGUGGAAUCGGUGGACGCGAACGGUGCCGGACGGUACCGGCGGGACGUGCGCGAAACCACCAAGUACAUCGAAACGGCGCUCAUCAUCGACAAGGCGAUGUUUCAGAAGCGCAACGGCAGCACCCGGGCCGAGGUGGUGCACGAUGCCAUCCAGGUGGCGAAUAUUGCCGAUCUGUACUUUCGUACGCUCAACACACGCGUAUCGGUUGUAUAUAUAGAGACGUGGCAGGGCCAGAACCAGGCACAGAUCGACGGUGGCAAGGAUAUUAGUAAAGCAAUAUCUAAUUUUAAUGAUUAUACAUCUAGGAAUUUAUAUAAAAUAGAUAAGGAUACGACGCAGCUGCUAACGGGUGAAACGUUCGCCGGCGGCGAAGCGGGCAUGUCCGUGCCGGAAACCGUCUGCACCCCGAAAGCAGUCGGCAUUAGUGUAGAUAUCAAUACGUACGAGCCGCACCUGCUUGCGGGAACGAUGGCGCACAUGAUCGGACACAACAUCGGCAUGGGUCACGACGACAACCGUGACGAGUGCAUUUGUCGUGACUGGCACGGCUGUAUAAUGUCCCAGUCAAUUGUCGGUUUGGAGAACGUCCAGCCGUAUAAAUUCUCCGAGUGCAGUCGAUUGGACUAUAUUGAUGCACUGCGGAUCGGACACGGCCUCUGUUUAUUGAAUAAACCGAACGAGGUCGAACUCCGCAAGAACUGCGGCAACGGGAUUGUCGAAGACGACGAAGAGUGCGAUUGCGGCAGCGCUCUGGACUGCGACAAGACGGACCCGUGCUGCGAUGGCAUCACCUGCAAGCUGAAAAAGGAGUCCCAGUGCGCCACUGGACCAUGCUGUGAUAAAUGUAUUCUAAAGCCUCCGGGCGUGAUCUGCCGGGAUGCGCACAACGAGUGCGACCUGCCGGAGUACUGCAACGGGGAAUCCGGACAGUGUCCGCCCGAUGUACAUAAGAAGAACGGGAACCCAUGCGGGAUGAACGCGACCGGAUUUUCCACCGGUUACUGUUUCAACGGAGUCUGCCCGACGACGGCGGCCCAGUGCGAACGGAUCUGGGGCUACAGCGGCACCGGAGCCGAUCGGGUUUGCUACGAGCAGUUCAACUCGAAGGGUUCAAUCAAUGGACACUGCGGGAAGGACACCACCGGCAACUACAUCAAGUGCGAACCGGAGAACAUCCAGUGCGGUUCGCUGCAAUGCAAGGACGGCGAUCGGACGCCGGUGGAGGACUGCAGCGACCAUCUUUACUCUAGGGCAAUUAUUUCAAUUAAGGGCAUCGAGUACGAGUGCAAGUCGAUCACCGGUUCGUCAACGGGCGCGGCCACACCACCGUUCGGGCUGGUUCGCGACGGCACCCCGUGCGGUGACAAUCUGAUCUGCGUCAACCAGACCUGCGUCAGCAUUUUCCCGUACAUCGACCAGACCAAGUGCCCCAGCAAUCACAACAAUCUGGAGUGCUCCGGGAACGGGGAUUGCACCAACACAAACAAGUGCUUUUGCAAGUUCGGCUGGACCGGACCGGACUGCUCGAUACAGGCUCAUAUCACAACGACGUACGCAUCCCCGGUAACGUCCACCACGCCGGAGGGUCUCUCCGCCGUAAUGGAAAAGAAAACCACUCGCUACGCAAACUACCACGGCUCAAACACAGUGUUUCUAGUCGGUGUGUUAAUGUCGGUUGUUGGGGGUGUUUUUGUAACGUUUGCUCUGAUGGCUUUGUGCUACAGGUCAGUUGUAGUACAUAAUAACUUCUCCUUGUGCCUAAGAAAGAAAACCACUCGCCUUAAAUACGACCCGCCGUACGUGAAGAAACCGAUGGCCAAGUACAUGGGCGGGGCCGCCAACGCUAACCACCACUCCCAGGACGAUAUCUCGCUCGAGGGCUCCAACAAGAUGAUGUUCGGCAACCAGACGACGCAGUUUAGGGAUCACAAAUCGAUCCGCAGGAUGACUGGCACCUCGGGCAGCGAAGAGGAUCCAACGCAUUCCGGCGAAGAAGAGACAGUAUCGUUCAUCGAUCUACCCCCAAACAAUAUCUCGAAACUUCCAGAAAAGGGCAUACUUAAAAAGCACGGAUUCGGCCUAGUGCUGGCCGACGGCGGCAAUAAAGAAAAGUGGCCCGACGAUACACAGUCCGAUAAUCUCGAAUUGAUAGCUCAGCAAGAAUCCACUAUUCCUCCAUCAGGUGGCCAGGCGGGCGCAGCGGUCGUCGGUCCCGUAUCGGACGUCGAGCGUACGAUGAAGAGUCUCAAUGGUUAUCACGAGGAUAUCCUCGAAGCCCUCCGACGAUCGGCGGCCCAGGUGCCGCGCAGUAGCGCCAACACGCCAUCCGGCAGCAUCAGCGAAGAACUGCUCCGGAAGACCCUGUCCGAUUGUGUCGCCCUACAGCUGGGGGCACCCAGCGUCUACGCGACCGAGCGGGACCGGGAGUACAAACGUAGCAGUAGUUCACGGACCGGCUCCAAGGAGAACAUCUGCGAUCCCCAGCAGCACAUACUGAGCGAUACCGGGGCCACCUCGGCCCUGCUGCAGCACCAUCGCCAACAGCAGCAACACCCUCAGGACGAAGACGACACACCGACGGCCGGCCCGUUACGUAUCCGAAACCUGGAAGAUCUGAUACGGCAGCUGGAGCAUCACUCGUCGCGCCACAUGAGCCCCAGCGGGUCCGAAGAUAUCCGCAUGUCCGAAACCGAAGUCGAUCGCCACUAUAGAGUAGAUAGUUCAGCCGCUUGUAGUGAAUCAUCGCAUGGCUCAAACCAACAACUAGCUCAAACGCAGAAAACUGCCACUAUACUGCCGCCCUACAGUAGCCGCUGCCGUCAGCCACGUUCCGAUGACGAGUCCCGGUUUUCGUACGGUGGUGGCCCCGGAAGCAGCGGUACCGGCCGUUACCGCCAUCCGGCGAGCCGCCACCCAGCCCAUCAAUCACACUCGCCCCAUUCGCCUCAUUCGUUCGCCCAUCACACUCACCACGGGCACGCGCACGGACAUUCUUCGCACGCGGGCCACUCGUCUCACCACUCGUCCCACACGCAUCUGCACCAGGACGACGAGGGCAUCUACGAGAGUGCCGACCCGCACCCGGUUCAUCCGGUUCACUCGCACGAUCGCAACGCACUGAGCGACCAGCGGGACACCAACGAUAGCGAAAGUGAUGACUUAUUUCAAGCUCAACAACAGUUAGCCCGAUGGGCGAGUGAGGACGUGGUUUCCGUGGUGGUAAUGGAGCAAGGAUCGGAUUCGUCCCACGCGCAAGGUCCAUCAUCAGCCAGUACCAUGCACGGCCAUAUUCAACAACAUCCAUCGCAUCAGCAACAGCAGUCGCAUCACGACAGCCAUCCUACCACCACCAGCAGCAACGUCAAUGGAGUACAAGCAAUGGGCAGCUGUCACAAUAUCAACAGUUUGAGCCACCAGCUGGUGAACAGCAGAGACUACUAUCCUUCGCCACCCUCCACCGAGACCGAGAGCAGUGGAAGCGUAAUACAGCCGUCGAGACGUGGACCCAUUAUGCCAGGCCCCGGACCAGACGGAAAUCAUAUAAUGGAGAGUACAGGUCGCUAUCCCGAAUAUAAACACUGA